AUGGCAACUGCAAGCGACAGCAAGUACAAGCGCACCAACACGAACGGUAUGCAGCAUCAGCCGCUGGAUGUGGCCAUCGUUGGUGGUGGUUUGGUUGGCUCACUGUUGGCGCUUCACCUGGGCAAGAAGGGCCACGAGGUGAAUCUGUACGAAUACCGUGAAGACAUUCGCACGGCCGAGCUGGUGAUUGGGCGCAGCAUUAACCUAGCGCUGUCCGCGCGUGGCCGCCGGGCGCUGGCCGAGGUGGGGUUGGAGGAUGCCCUGCUCAACCACGGCAUACCGAUGUCCGGCCGUAUGCUGCACGACGUCAACGGCAAGUGCAAAAUCGUCCCGUACGAUGCAAACACCAACCAGUGCAUCUACUCGGUCGGCCGAAAGCAUCUGAACGAGGUGCUGCUCAACGCGGCCGAGAAAUACCCGAACAUCCACCUGCACUUCAACCACAAGCUGGUCAGCGCCAACCUGGACGAGGGCAACCUGUCGAUGGUUGACCCCGUCACGAAAGAUGUCAAGAGCGCCCGGGCGGACCUGAUCGUCGGCUGCGACGGGGCGUACAGUGCGGUGCGGAAGGAAAUCGUCAAGCGGCCGCGGUACGACUUCAGCCAGACGUACAUCGAGCACGGCUACCUGGAGCUCUGCAUACCGCCGACCGCCGGCGGGGAGUUCGCGAUGCCCCACAACUAUCUGCACAUCUGGCCGCGCGGCCAGUUUAUGAUGAUUGCGCUGCCGAACCAGGACCGCACCUGGACGGUGACGCUGUUCAUGCCGUUCAAGCAGUUCCACAGCAUUACCGACCAGGGCCUGCUGCUCGACUUCUUCCGCCAGCACUUCCCGGACGCGAUCGAGCUAAUUGGGCGCGAGCGGCUGGUGAAGGAUUUCUUCAAAACGAAGGCCCAACCGCUGGUGAUGAUCAAGUGCCGGCCGUACCACAUCGGCGCGAAGGCACUGAUCAUUGGCGAUGCGGCGCACGCGAUGGUCCCGUUCUAUGGGCAGGGCAUGAACGCAGGGUUCGAGGAUUGUAGCGUGCUGACGGAGCUGUUCAACCAGUACGGGACGGAUCUGACGCGCAUCCUGCCCGAGUUUAGCGAGAAGCGCUGGGAGGAUGCCCACGCCAUCUGUGAUCUGGCAAUGUACAACUACAUCGAGAUGCGCGACUUGGUUACCAAACGGUCGUACCUGCUGCGCAAGAAGCUGGACGAGCUGCUGUUCUGGAUGAUGCCGAACACGUGGGUCCCGCUGUACAACUCCGUCUCGUUCUCGCACAUGCGCUACAGCAAGUGCAUCGCCAACCGGGCCUGGCAGGAUAAGAUUCUCACACGCGUACUGUACGGUGCGUCGAUUGCGUCGGUUGCCGCUAUCGGCGGUCUCUGCUACCGGCACGUGACUAUGGGCCAUCUCGAGCGGCUGUCGACGAGCAUCCUGUCCACCUUGCAGCUGCUGAAACCGAAAGCAAGCGUCUAACUGUGCCCCCCGUACCAUUCGUUUAUUGCUAAAAAAUAAAACUUAUAUACUCACUCAA